CUAGGGACAGAAAUACUGGGCAUCAUCGACCGGCAGUCUUCGUACCUGGCCACCUUCCUCGCACCAGGGGGCUGACGCACGAACCGUUAACCAAUCCCGGAUUGCUCCGGGUGGCGGCUGCGCCCUCGACGGGGUUCGCGAGGGAGUAAGGGGGUGGCGAGAGGGGUGCGGGUGACCCGGUGGCGGGGACACCUCCGACGACAGACGUCCCGACGCUACCUCGAGGGAGAGACACGUCGUGACGGGGUGCCCGCGUGUUUUGUUACCGGGAGUAUUUUGGUCUACGCGCGGUCAAGGUCGCGGCAAGAAAGGUGGAGGGCCAGGGUACGACACGAACGACGGAGACGAGAAGUGGCUCGGACGAAGGCCCGGAAGUAACGGGCCCAACUCUGAGCGGCUUGUUGGCAAAUUUGCCAUUGGCGGGCCCCCAGCGUCUCGCUAACUCUCUGCGACAGAAAUUCGCUGACAACUCUGGUAAUCCCCGACCUGGCCUGAUGCGCGCCGCCACCUCAGUCGAAUCGCUCGGGUUCGUCAAGGUUACCGCCUAUUGACCUGGCCCCUGGGGUCAGCGAAUCGCGGUGGGCCCGGGCGCUUUGCGCCACUCGGGGCCUUUGCAGCCAUGACUACGAUACCAAUAAUCAACAUGGAGUUCGGCGAGCUAAAGGAGGUCGUCUGGACGAAACUCCAGGAACCAAAGUCACAGAGAAAAUUGAUCCUCGUUAUCGUGUCCAUAGCUCUGCUAUUGGACAACAUGUUGUACAUGGUGAUAGUGCCGAUUAUACCGGAUUAUCUGAAAUACGUCGGGGCAUUCAGCGACGAACCGGAAACGAACAGCACGGUAACCGGACCACCGAGUCACCACGGUCAGGACUCCGCGACCGGUGUGCUGUUCGCUUCCAAGGCGAUCGUCCAGCUGAUGGUGAACCCAUUUUCCGGUGCUCUGAUCGACAGGAUCGGCUACGAUAUUCCAAUGAUGAUAGGACUGACGAUCAUGUUUUUGUCCACCGCUGUAUUCGCCUGCGGUAGGAGCUACGGCGUAUUGUUCUUCGCCAGGAGCCUGCAGGGCGUGGGUUCCGCGUUCGCCGACACGGCAGGACUCGCAAUGAUAGCCGAUCGCUUUACCGAGGAGAACGAAAGGUCGAAAGCCCUCGGCAUCGCCCUCGCCUUCAUCAGCUUCGGUUGCUUGGUGGCACCUCCGUUCGGCGGUGCCCUCUACCAAUUCGCCGGUAAGGAGAUGCCGUUCUUGAUAUUGGCCUUCGUCAGUUUAAUGGACGGUUUCAUGCUUCUGUUGGUCAUGAAACCGCUGAAGGAUCAGCUGAAAGACAGGCACAGAGAGCAGAGUCCGACCAUUCCCAUCUGGCGUCUGUUCAUCGAUCCUUACAUCGCGGUGUGCGCCGGUGCCUUGAUGAUGUCGAACGUGGCUCUGGCUUUUCUAGAGCCCACGAUUUCCCUUUGGAUGGAGGAUCACAUCACCAGGGAUAACUGGAAAAUGGGAAUGAUCUGGCUCCCGGCAUUUUUCCCGCACGUUUUCGGUGUGAUAAUAACCGUGAAAAUGGCGAAACGGUAUCCUCAGCAUCAGUGGCUGAUGGCGGCGGGAGGGUUGGCCCUCGAAGGUGUCUGCUGUUUCAUAAUACCAUUUUCGACCUCCUACAAAUUCCUCAUGAUACCGAUUUGCGGAAUUUGUUUCGGUAUCGCGCUGAUCGACACGGCCCUCCUCCCGACCCUCGGAUAUCUGGUGGACGUCCGAUACGUGUCGGUUUACGGCAGCAUUUACGCCAUCGCCGACAUAUCGUACAGCGUGGCGUACGCCGUGGGUCCAAUAAUAGCCGGUGGUGUGGUGGAGGCCAUCGGAUUCACCGCUCUUAACUUCGGUAUAGCCUUCUCGAAUCUACUCUACGCCCCGGUUCUCUACUACCUCAGGCACAUUUACGACUUCAAGCCAUUCCAAGACGAGGCGAACGUUCUGAUGCAAGAUCCACCGGACAAGGAGUACCAAACCUACGUCCUGCAGGAACAGAGACCCGUCAGCGGGGACGUCGGCAAUCAUCUCACCCAGGGAAGAACCGAGACCAACGUUGAUCAAGGUCACGACUAUUCGAGCGACCAGUACAACCAAUCGCGCAGCGACUACAACGGUUCCGGUUACAAUCAGGCCAGGGGUUACGAACAACAACAACAACAAAAUUACGGUCAAAAACCGACCAGCUACGGAGCUCAAAGCGGUUACGCAAUAUCCUCCCAAGCUCAGCAAGAGCAAUCCCAACCGGGUUAUAACGUGCAGCCGAGGAAUUACGGACAAACGGAACAAAGUUACGGACAACAAACGAGCUAUGGUCAGUCGCAGCACCAGCAGCCUGAAGUUACGAGUGACGCGAACCCCUUCAGAAGACCAGUUGAGCCCGAAAAACCGGCUGGUGACAGCAAUCCCUUCAGGCAGGGAAUGUUUUAGUGAAUUCGUCGGCUUUAAAUAUUCUAGCGAAAUUCAAAAACUACUGAUUUUAAGAACCACAGAGCAAUAACCGGUGAAGGAGUGCGUGCGGUCAAGAUAUUUGGAGUGAAAGAUCGAGUGUGAGAUGUUCGAGGAGUUGAAAAGAUAUGGAGUAGAUGUUUCGUGUUGUCAGCGCUUCCUGUCACUGUUUCUUCAUUUUUCUCAGUUUUUUUAAUUUUUUUUUUUUUUUACUAUUCUCCGCAACGUUCCAUCCCAGGUUCAUCUCACAUCGAACCCCGCGAUAUUUCAAUGAUAACGUGUUCGUGUACAGUGUUGCGAGUUAAUUUCAAUUGGUGUUACUUAUUUUUCGUUUAACGAAAAUCCGAAAUUCACAGUAAAAUUUGUAAAACAUUCGAAUAUUUGGUACGAAAAUUUUAGUCUCGAGAAAACGCUUAGAUGUGGUGCAAUAUUAAAACGUUGUCUGAAAUAAAUCUAGAGUGAUCGUUAUUAGAUUCAUUUUAGUUUGUUUUUUCUCAUCGACUCUUUACGCAGAUAGGUCAUCGUUCGGAUGUUUCCUUUAGAAAAGAUUGGUCGAAGACUAUUUCGCGACGAUGUGGAAGUACCAUCGAGUUUCGAUUGAAAAAAAAUUCAGUCUAGCAGGGAGUGAAAUGUAAGUAAGUUUGUGGUGCAAAAGGUGUAUGUGAAGAGAUACAUGAACGGUUGCGUGUUUGUUUCGAGAUUUUUCAAUUAGGACGACCCCCUUUUUUGGAGUAAAUGAAAAAUUUCCUCGGGUGUCGAGGGGUGUAUUGAAAAUUAUACAAAACUGAAGAUUGAGGAGGGAAGGGUUGGUAGAUCUAUGUGUAUAUAUAUAUAUGUACGUACCCUUGCUAGGAGGUGCUCGUUCGGAAGGCCAAGGUCGAAAGGUCGAAUUUCCCAGUCAGCAAGGGAUCCUCGUCAAUAUACUUCGUUGGUCGAACGAGUCGCGGACUAGUUAGGUUGUAUAUUUUCGUCUUCUUUUUUUUUUCAAAUUAUGUUCGACAUCUCAGUUGCUGAACCAAGAUAACAUAUCAGGGUCCCACAUCAGGGGCCCCAAAUAGUUCGUAAGGUGUUAUACAUAGAAAAGUAGAAACAGUGUUACAUCUUUAUUAUUACCAAUUUUGUAAAAAACACAUAUAUAUUCAAACGAUCUUGGUAGAUCAAACUAUCCCUUAUCCGGUGAUAGUUCUAAUCAAGAUGUGACACUCGAUCAUUUUAAUCAUAUUUAAGGUAAAAUAACAAAUAUCGUAACGUAGGGCGUAAGCAGUCGUAUAAAAUAUUGUAACGUGAGCUAACGAUUAAGAGUACGUUGAGGAGGCGCAUAAUAUCUGUAUUUCAAUGGGCAUGCUUUGCACUCUCUCAUAUUGUUUUUAGAUUCGAUCGGUAUACAGGUAAUUUUCCGCAGUACCUACUAACAGUAGUCGGGUAUUAUCUCGAUAAGAAAAGAGAAUUCUGUCAAAUUAUAACACAAACGUACACAAAUCUUUCAAUUUUCGAUAAUUCAUUUCAAGGUAUACCAAAAAAACACCAGCCAUAGAAUUUACUCCCGUUAUUUCGAGUCUACAAUUUCUGAUUCCGAAAGAUUGAUCUUUAAUCGAUAACGAUCAAGCCGAGAAUAUGGAGUUCUACAUUAAUCGGAUCAUUUUUCUCAAAUCUGCUCCGCCAUUUCAGACUUAUCGAAUUUAACACCGAAAUCGUGAUUAGCGACCCCAAAGACCCACGAGAAUCAAACUUUCUAUCGAUGAUUCAAUUUCUCCCGAUUUCAAUUCGCUAUUUUAUAUUUUUCAAAAAUAAAAAAUGCAUAGGUAGAAUACGUUGAAGAAGAUAAAUCUCACCUUUGGAAAAAAUAACAAAGCCGAUGUGGUGAUUUUAACGCCCAUCACUUCAAUGUCAAGUCUUGUAAGUUGAAAAUUUUCUCUUCGAGCCGUAAAUGCCAGAAUAAUCGAGGGGUCGGGGUUAUCGGUGACAAAUCGACGUUUUUCUGAAACAAGAUAUUGUAGAAAAUUUAAGGUCAGCAAAAUCUUUGUGGGAUAUCAAUAUGAGGUGCUCCGAAAAAUCGAACUAAAAAAAAUGAUGGAAUAAAUAAAUAAAUUCAUAACCGAUAACUUAAUAACAAUUGGCGCAAAGCACAUCGGCGAUUAGAAUUAUUUCCAUAUGUACAUUGCGAUAAAAUUCAUCUGAAACGGUCCAUGUGCGUUUUGUAAAUAUUUGAUAAACUUAAAAUAAUUUUUCCGAAUUUCAAUUCGUUGACGAGAAAGAGAAGAAAAAAAAAUUACAAUGGUUAUCGCGAGUGUAGGUUAUAUUAUUAUUAUCGUUAUUUUUAUUAUCAUUACGAUCAUUAUAACCGUUGUUGUUACUAUUAUUACCGAUACGAUCAUCGUAUAGUUUUACUUCGACAUUUAUUGAAUAAUUUGAAGGAUGCUAUUUGUUUAUUCAGAACUGACAAACAAAUCCUACUAUAUACCUCUUAUACUUCGAUGAUAAUUUGUUCGGGUUUCCGAGUAUUAUUUUGGAAUGUGAUAUUUUAUUUAAGCUGAACACUCUAUUUGAAUACUUAUUAUAUAUACGCUCAUGUUCCCCGUAUCGUAUGCGUAUAUUAUCUAAAAAGUGAUUACUAUAUACGACACGUACAUACAUACAUAUUAUAUAUACUAUGUACAACAUAAAUAUAUAUCUAGAUAUUUAAAAUAAACAACACAACAACAUUGAAUAUAAUAACUUGGCUAUACAAACUAUAUCUAGUCUGAUAAAUAAUGAAUAAUAUACAUUAUGAAUAUAAAUAUAUUAUAUAAAUUAUAAAGACGUAUAUACGAAUAUAUAUGUAUUAUAGAUAAAAUACAUUGACGGUGUUAGCUUCUUCAAUCUCUUGUAAAUAUUAGGGUAAAAAUUCUAUCCUCCCUUAACGAUGAUUUAAUAAUGAUAAAGAAAAAAAAAAACAUAUGCCUGCUGUAUCAUAAAAUUAUAUAUUUAUUGCUAAAUCACCGUACACGAAUAUUUUCACAUACGUACACGUGAUACGUAUGUGUUUACAUACGUGUUUGCAUAUCGCUAUUUAAAGGUGAAGAACAAAAGAUAAAGGGAAAGAAAGGGGGAAAAAAAAAAAGAAAAAAACCAAAAUCAAGAUAAAGAAAAAUUACUUACGUAGACCGUAGACGUUUUAAGAGAGAGAAAAAGAAAAAAGAAAAGAAAAAUCUAUUUAUUUCAGCAUGUAUUUAUUACGUAUAGUUAUCACGAAAUGAAAGUCAUCGAUGAAAGUAAUUUGAAAUUCUGAAGCAUAUCAUUAUAUGUGCUACACGUAAUAUUAUGUAUUUAUUAAAAUUUAUUUAUAUCAAUAUGAUACGUUGGUAUUUAUACGUAUAACCGUAUCAGACCCAGGUAACGAUAUAUCAUAGAAAAUGUAAGAAUGUAUGUAAUUUACCUAUGCCACUGUAACGUUGUUGAACCAGUUAUUAAAACGUCAUUGUUACCGAAGAA